AUACAGCACUGGAAGUCCAGCUAUUCAUGAUUGGUCUACACAACAGUGCCUGGGGAUCACUGGUCUGAAACCCUGACUACAAGUUUCAGCUUACCUCUUCUAGCAAGUCCCAGGAGACGGCCAAGAAUCCACCCUCCAGAGUAGGAGGAAGAAGGAAUAAAGAGGCCCAGAGUGUGAGAGACAGUUUCCUCACGACGCCCAGAGCUGUCACCCGGGCCUUCUUGAGCUGGGUUUGCAGCCUCAGGCCUGGACUCCACGUGGAAGAAAGAAGAUUUUUGAGAGAGAGAGACAGAGAUUGAGAGAAAGAGCCAUAUGAGGGCCAGGCCUCCCAUUUGGAAGCAGGCCCUGGCUCAAGAGAUGAGAGAUCACACCCACAUGCACCGAGACUCUUACGCUCUUUGAAAGCUCCCCCCACUGCAGACCACAGCCUGAACAGUACCCAGGAGUUCUCAGAAAAGAGUCUUCCUUGGAAGUGGAGAAACAGUGGGAAAGGGGCUGGAAAGAGCCCAAGUUCUCGCUGCAAUGUGGCUGCCCUCCAGGAAGUAUGGGGAAAUCAAUUUUGUGGGUUGUGACGAUUUACCAAUAAAAAUGAAAUGAAGCAAAAUGAAUAGAAAAUAUCCAAGGGCACGUCUCAGUGAAAGAAUUAGUUCCGUCUCACACAACUGUUCAGUUGUUUACUCUCACUCUAUGUAUGCACACACAUACACUCAUACAUUUUAUUAUGUGUGUGUGUGUGUGUGUGUGUGUGUGUGUAUACGCAUAUAUAUCAGGUCAUAAAAUAUAUUUCUUUCUAUGGGUCAAAAAUGUUUGAAAUACACCACUCUAAAGACAAAUAUCCAUCACUUUUGGAAAGCAAAGAGCAUAGAGCAGAGGAAAUAGGACUCAGAGCAGGGAAGUUUUAGGAAACAAGAUCUGGAAGAAUGAUCUGGAGCACAGGCUGCUGCCCAAAGAGAGUUAAAGCCACAGAUUCAGGAGGAGUCUUGGAAGCAGGAAGUGGGGGACGAGAGGACCUUCACCGAAAGGGAGAAGAGAUAAAAAGGAAACCUCAGGGAAGCACAGAAGGCUGGAUGUUAAAUGUACCUUGUUUCAAAGUUGAGCAAGUCAUAAUUUUCAAAUAGCCUGUGUUUAGUUAAAUUUGAUCACCUAGAAGACAGCUCUUCAGACAUUUUCUAUCCAGGAAAAGGAGAGGGACCUGCUGAACAUGAGAGUUCGAGUGUUCUGGCUCGUCUCUAUCUUCGCAAUCGCCAAGAGCCGUGGUGGCUUCCUGGAGAAAAGAGAUGGCAUCAAAACAAAAAGAGAACUCAUUGUGAAUGAGAAAAAGCCUCAAGGCGCAGUCCAGGAGUAUGAGCUGCUGCUUCAGGUGGCCUAUCGAGAUUCCAAGGAGAAAAGAGAUUUGAAGAGUUUUCUGAAGCUUUUGAAUCCUCCGUCAUUAUGGUCAAAUGGGCCAAUGACGAUUAUCAGAGCAAAGGCCACCACAUACUGUUACAACAAGAAUGGGUUCCUGAGGUGUGCCUGUGAAGAUGACUAUACUUGGUUUCCUCCUUCAUGCCUUGAUCCCCAGAAAUGCUAUCUUCACACGGCUGGAUCAUACCAGAGCUGUGACUGUCAUCUCAACAACCUCACCCAGAGCGUCAAUUUCUGUGAGAGAACAAAAGUUUGGGGCACUUUCAAAAUUAAUGAAACAUUUACCAAAGACCUUUUGAAUUCAUCCUCUGCUACACACUCCAGAUAUACCGCUGGAAUUGAACUUCAACUCAAAGAAGCAUACAAAAGAAUUCCAGGUUUUGAGUCAGUUCGAGUCACCCAAUUUCGGGAUGGAAGCAUCCUUGCUGGGUAUGAGGUGGUUGGCUCCAGCAGCACGGCUGAGCUGCUGUCAGCCAUUGAGCAGGUGGCUGAGGAGGCUAAGGCAGGCCUCCACCAGCUGUUUCCACUAGAAGACGACUCUUUCAGAGUUUUUGGAAAAGUCCAGUGUAACAGCAUUGGCUUUGGAUUUGGGUCUAUGAAUGAUGAGUACACUCUUCCCUGUAGCAGCGGCUACACUGGCAGCGUCACUGCCAGGUGCCAGCCCUCUGGGUGGCAGGUCCUCAGGGAGACCUGUGUGCUCUCUCAGCUGGAAGAACUGAAGAAGAAUUUCAGUGUGAUCGCAGACAAUGCCACUGAGGCAGCCGUGUCAUCCGUGGUGCGAAGUCUUUCAGUUGUCAUUCAGCAAAGCCAAUCAACCACGGCUGGGAAUCUGGCUUCGGUGGUGUCGAUUCUGGGCAACGUUUCAUCCCUGUCUACGGCACGCCAUUUCAGGGUGUCCAAUUCGACAAUGGAGGAUGUCAUCAGGAUAGCUGACCAUAUUCUUAAUUCAUCAUCUGUAACCAAUUGGACAGUAUUGCUGCGGGAAGAAAAGCAUGCCAGCUCACAGCUACUAGAGACAUUGGAAAAUAUCAGCAUGCUGGUACCUCCGACAGCUCUGCCUCUGAAUUUUUCUCGGGAGUUCAUUAACUGGAAAGGGAUUCCAGGGUCCGAAAUCCAACUCGAGAAGGGUUACAACUAUCAGACUGAAAUGCUCCCUCAAAAUAUCUCCAUUCCCAUCAGAGGCCAUGUGCUAAUUGGGUCAGACCAAUUCCAGAGGUCCCUUCCAGAAACUGUUAUCAGCAUGGCCUCAUUGACCAUGGGGAACAUUCUACCCAUUACCCAAAAUGGAAAUGCUCAAGUUAAUGGGCCUGUGAUAUCUACGGUUAUCCAAAACUAUACCAUAAAUGAAAUUUUCCUGAUUUUUUCCAAGAUAGAGUCAAACCUGAGCCAGCCUCGUUGUGUGUUUUGGGAUUUCAGUCAUUUGCGAUGGAACAAUGCAGGCUGUCACCUGGUGAAUGAAACUCCAGACACGGUGAUGUGUCGAUGUACUCACCUGACCUCCUUCUCCAUGCUGAUGUCAUCUUUUGUCCCCCCUGCCAUCAUCCCCGUUGUGAAAUGGAUCACCUUUGUGGGACUGGGCAUCUCCAUCGGAAGUCUCAUCUUAUGCCUGAUCAUUGAAGCUCUGUUUUGGAAGCAGGUCAAGAAAAGCCAGACCUCACACACACGUCAUAUUUGCAUGGUGAACAUAGCCCUGUGCCUCCUGAUUGCUGAUGUUUGGUUUAUUGUUGCUGCCACUGUGGAUACCACGGUAAACCCUUCUGGAGUCUGCAUAGCUGCAGUGUUCUUUACGCACCUUUUCUACCUCUCCUUGUUCUUUUGGAUGCUCAUGCUCGGCAUCCUGUUGGCUUAUCGGAUCACCUUCGUGUUCCAUCACAUGGCCAUGUCUUCAAUGAUGGCUGUCGGGUUCUGCCUGGGCUACGGAUGUCCUCUCAUUAUAUCUGUCAUCACCAUUGCAGUCACGCAACCUAGCGAUAGCUACAAAAGCAAAGAUGUGUGUUGGCUUAACUGGGCUGAAGGGAGCAAACCUCUGUUGGCCUUCGGUGUUCCUGCACUGACUAUUGUGGCUGUGAAUUUGGUUGUGGUUCUGUUAGUUCUCAUGAAGCUCUGGAGGCCCGCUGUGGGAGAAAGACUGAGUCAGGACUACAAGGCCACGAUCGUCCGCAUGGGGAAGAGCCUGCUCAUUCUGACCCCACUGCUGGGGCUCACCUGGGGCUUUGGCAUAGGAAUAAUGGUGGACAGACAGAAUCCGGCUUGGCACGUUAUUUUUGCAUCACUCAAUGCAUUCCAGGGGUUUUUCAUCUUAUGUUUUGGAAUCCUCUUGGAUGGUAAGCUGCGACAACUGCUGUUCAACAAGUUGUCUCCUUUAAGCUCUUGGAAGCGUGCAUCAAAGCAAAAAUCAUCAGAUUUAUCUGCCAAACACAAAUUCGCAAAGCCUUUCAACCCAUUGCAACACAAAGGCGCUUAUGCACUGUCUCACACUGGAGAGUCCACCAGCAACAUCAUGCUAACGCAGUUUUCAGCAGCCGAAUAAGGCUAGGAGCCCUAAAAUCAAGGACAAUUUUUUGGAACAACUUGACAUUUAGAGCUAAAUGUCAGUGAAGAAAUUAUGCUCAAUAUUAGAAGGAAUUUUUCUGAUUGAGGAGUCUGGGAGGUUUCAGCGGCUACAUCACUGCCCUCUUUAUGGUCAGUUAAAUGGAAAGAUUUAUUUCCAUGUGGUUUGAUUCAAAAGAAUUUCUCCAUAAAUGAAGAUGAGCAGAUUUUGUCGGAAAUUGUGUCAAUUGUACCAGCUUCUCACUGCCACAAACUAUGGUUUCUUUUUGAAUAAAAUAGCAUUAUUCAUGAGGCAUUUCCAAUCAUCUGAAUUGGAGUAAGAAACCUUAUGAAAUUGUCUUAGAUAAAUUCAUGGAUUAUGUUUACCUUCUUAUCAAAAAGUCAUUGGUGCAAAUUUCCUACAGAAAAGGCAUUUCCCUCUCAAUUUUCCCACUGGAGUCUAGGCUUAUUUUUGCUUUUUUGGGUUUUGUCACUUAACUUUGAAAGUUAAUCAGAAAUACAAUGAAAUAACUUUAUAGCUCAUACUCCAUUCUGCUGUGAAGAUAGAGUCUUGUAUCAUAUCAGGUAAUCAGAGGAGUGACAUCUCAUAGCUUUUGCCAUAAUCUAUUGGUUAGAAGUAAGUCACAGGUCCUGGGCACACUCAAGGGGAGGGGAUUUCAAAAGGUGUGAACAGUAAGGGGAAGGGAUCAUCGGUGGCCACAGACGUGAACUCCCAAAGAUAAGGAGUGAGAGAGGAGACAACAGAACUCUGGGAAGCAGGUGGAAAGCAGUGCUAACUGACUUAGUAGAUCUAAGAAAGCCAACGGGGGGGAAAGCUAAGAAGCAACCUGCUUUACAUUGCAGAAUCCCUCAAGAGACUCAAGACUAGGCAGCACCAGGUUCCUUAAGAAGUGGGGUGAAUGUGGAACUAAACAGUGCAGUUGGCUCAGAGUCAAUUUAGGAAACAUUUUCAGCUCCCUCACUAAUCCCAAGCAGCCAGGUAACUGUCCCUUCCUCCAUCCUAGCAAUAGAUCAUAUGGCGAUGUGGGAAAAAAUGGAGUUUUGGGACUGGGAGACUCCAGAAGCCAUUGAGGGAGAGCUUACCAUCCUGGAAACAAGGGGUUCAGAGAAAGUUAACAUAUAACAUCAGCAGCAAGAGUUACCUUCUCCAGGCAAGAGACUGGGACAGUGCUCUCUGGAGAAUCUGGUCAUACCAGGAGAAAACGCUGAAAGAUACUGACUUUGGAUAUUUGCUAAUGAAACGUUCACCCAGAUCACCCUACAGUUAGGCCAAGAGUCAACAUAGCCACCUCAUACAUAGAUCUUCCAAUCAGCUCUGUAAUGUCCCACACUUAAGAAUAACCAAACAGUCACAGAUCACUAGGCAUUCUAGGAAGGCAUCUGGUAUUAAAUGCAGAAGCCAAAACAAAGAAACAAAACAGACAAAAAGAGCCAGCAUGGUGUUAUCUAGAAUCUUGUUCUAUACGCUGACUAGAGGACUGAAGAAGAAAACAGAGAAAGGCAACUUGAGGGAAAAAACAAGACUAGGAGGAGUUGGGGGGAGCGGGGUAGGGAUCAAUAUGGUCCUCAAAUAGGAUAUUGCCUUUAGGAACAGGAUGCUAUGAAAAAGGAAUACUUGGGCGAGAAAAAGUAUCUUUGAAACUAAAAGUACAAUAGCAUAAAUAAAAUACUUCAGUAGAUGGGUUGAAAGAUAAAGUUGAGGAAAUGACCUAGAAAAUAGAAGUAUAGUUGUCCCUUGGCAGCCGAGGGGGCUGGUUGCAGGACUCCCAUGGAUACCAAGCUCCACAGAUGCUCAAGUCUCUUAUAUGAAAUGGUGUAGUAUUGGCAUAUAACCUAUGCACAUCCUCUCAUAUACUUUGUCACCUCUAGAUUACUUAUGUAAAUAGUUGUUAUAUUGUGUUGUUUAGGGAAUAAUGAGAAGAAAAAAAAUUUGUACAUGUUCCAUACAUAUGCAACCAUUGUAGGCCUUUCAAUUCAAGGUUAGUUGAAUCAGUGAAUGUGAAACCCAUGGAUACAGAGGGCCGAUUGUAAAAGAAAAAGAUAUAAAAUCAAAGAUAAGAAAAUUACGGGACAGGGCCAAGAGUUUCACCAUUUGAAUAAUAGGAUUUGUAGAAAGAAAGACUAGAGGAACAGAAGGAAGGACAUCAUUGAAGAAAUAGAGAACAAUUUUUAUUCAUGAAUGGACAUGAGUUUCUCUAUUGAAAUGUUCUACAAUGAUGCCCAGGGUGACAGAUAGAAACAGGCUCACACUUAGACAUGCUAUGAUCUUUGUUUCCCACCCCCCAAAUUCAUAUGUUAAUACCUACCCCCGAUGGUAUUUGGAGGUGGGGCCUUUGGGAGGUGCUUACGUCAUGGGGGUGGAGCCCUCAUGAAUGAGAUUAGUGCUCUUAUAAAAAAGACCCCACAGUUUCCUAGUCUCGUCUACCAUGUGAGGACACAGUGAGAAAUCAGCAGUCUGCAAAGUGGAAGAGUGCCUUCACUGGAACCCAGCCAGACUGGCACCCUGAUCUUGGACCUCUAGCCUCUAGAACUGUGAGAAAUAAAUGUUUCUUGUUUAUAAGUCCCCCAGUCUAUGGUAUUGUGUUAUAGCAGCCCAAAUGAACUAAGACAACAACAUUGUGAAAUUUUAGGUCACAGAAGAAAAAAAGAAGGUCCAAAAAUUUUCAGAGAGAAAAAGUUGUCUUUAUAUCAAGAGUGAAAAUCAGAAUAUUACCAGAACUCUUCACAGCAGCAUCAUAAGCUACAUAACAGUGGAGAAUGCCUUCAAAACGUUAAGAAAUGAUUGCAACGGAGAAGCAAUUCAGUGUGAGGAAGAAUGAAGAUAUUUUCGGACACAGAAAUUCUCAAUAAAUUUUCCUGCAAUGCUUCCUUUCCCAGAAGCUGUUGGGGAAUGGACUGUACCAAAUGUGGCAAUAAACCCAGAAAGAGAAAGACUUGGGACCUCAAAACAAAAGAUGCAAUAAAAGAGAGAGCAGAGGGAACCCUGGGGGUGGGAGUAAAGGCUGUUACCGAGACAAGAGCUGUGGGGCAGGUCGAGACCGGCUCUGUAGGGGAGACUGCUCAAGAAGAUGAAAGCGGUGGGACACCUAAUGUAUUUGAGUGUGGUUUAGAAGAGAUUUACAUACCUGGGGGUGGAUGGGGGAUGGACUUUUGAUAAGAACACAGAAAUCCAAGCAGAUGAAAAACAAAGUGUUACAUCUAACGGAAACAAAACGUUGCGCAGAACAAGAGAAGCAAUGUAAUAUACUACCCAGCCAGCUAUGAGCAGAGUAUACAGAGUGCCAGUGAUGAAGAAUGGUUUUGACAUAGCCCAAAUAAUAACAAUAUAAGUAUAUUGGGAAGGUGGAAAAUAGGAAGUAUUUUGGGGGAGAUGGCAAAGAGAACAUAAUCUUCAUUCUUUGUUUUUGGAAAUCAAUAAAACUAGAAACCAAGAAGAGGCAU